CAAAGCCAAUGAACUGCUUGGUAGAUGAUUCAAUUUAGACCCUAACUCUAAUCCAGCUCACCUUGAAAUCUACUAGUAUUAUUCUAAAAUAAGCCCACCCAUCUAUAUAUAACAAUCUCCCAAGCCUCACACGUGUAAGGUGGAAGGUGAGUACCAGCUCAUAAGCUUUCAAGAGCGAUCUCAUCCUUUAUCCGAAGAUGUUGAGGACCUCCAAAGCCAGCGGGGAAGAAAACUACAAUUAACAGAAAAAGGAUGCCUCAGUGAGGCUAUGUGAUUCAGUUCAUGUCAGGUAAUAUCCUAGUUCACUUGGAUACGGAAAAUGGAAUGAGAAAUACAGCUCAGAUCAAAUGCUAACCUGCAUAGGUAAUGUCAAAGAACACAGUGUAUUCUCCAAGCAGUUUAAAAACAACUGGAACUGGGGGUCCUGAUGCUGCACAUCUAAUAUAUUCAAAAGCUUUUCCAUCAAGUGUCCCCAAUAUCAGCCCUAGGCCACCAGUGUUUUUUGUAACAACUGGGCAGAAGCAGUUGUUGAACUACUCCUUCCAAACCGGCGAAGAGUUUGCUCUUGAAUUCAUGCAAGACAGGGCAAACGCAAGGAAGCCUUUGGUUCCAAUCAUCUCUGAUGACAGGACCAUCAACACCAGCUACAUUCCUUGGAAGGAAGAAGAUGACAAUUCUCAAGAUAAACCAUCAAAAAAGCUUCUCAAAUUUCCUUCAUUCAGUGAAACAAGUAGUCAAGAAUCAAAUAAGAGGAACCCACAAGAGAUCUAUAGCUCUGGAUCAACCGACAUGAAGUUCCUUUGCAACUUUGGUGGCAGAUUCCUGCCAAGGCCAAUAGAUGGCAUGCUCCGGUAUGUUGGUGGUGAGAAGCAUCUGGUUCGGGUUAGCCGAGGAAUGUCAUUGCAAGGACUGGUCAGCAAGACAACCAAGCUCAUCAGGCAAGCUCACAUAAUCAAGUACCACUUGCCCGGGGAGCAAGUGAAUGUGCUCAUUUCUGUUGCCUCUGAUGAUGAUGUUCACCACAUGAUCGAUGAGUGCAUUGUACUAGAAGAAAUCAAUGAAAGACCAGCUAUGUACCUAUUUACUGAUGAAGAUGAUGAGCACCAUGUACAUUUUGCGGUAGGAAGCUCAUCAGAUGAAGAUACUGAAGCACAAUACAUCGCUCUUAUAAAUGGAUACGGAUACACUGGGACAGGUGAGAAGUUAAGUGGACAAGGUCCUGGGAGUGCAUCAGCCAGUGAUCUGGAUCAGCUGAUGUUUGAUAUUGAGGAUGAGGGAUCGCUGACGGGCAGGACUGAAGAAGCUUCAGCACACAUUAGAAACAAGUGUUCACAAAAUUCUGUUACAGCACCACCGAAGGCAUCCAGGAUCCCUCUACAUAAGAUGCCUCGCAUUUUCAAUCAAGACAGCGCCGUGUGUAGUGAUAAAGGAGAGGUGAGUUCCUAUUCUGCUAGAAAGUCAAGAAAUGUUAACCCUGUUUCAUCUAUGCCAUCAGAAUUCACAUAUCCAGCUAAGUGGGACCGAUAUGGUGGUAAUGCAACCUCUAGGCAGCUUCCUGAAAUGCAAAGGACAACAACCAACAUGUCCAAGAUAGAUCAUUAUGCUGAAAGAGAUAAGGAAAGCAGAUCAUCAAGAACAGAGUUGCUGAUACCAUCAGAUGACAACAGUUUGAGGAUGCCAUCACUGAAUUCAAAAUACAGCAGCCAAGUGCCACAUACCAGUGAUGUCAAUAAGUUGCUGAGGAAACAGACUGAGCCAAUCAUCCAAUUUAUCCAGUCCAACAAUUCAACUGAGUUUCAGAAGCUGAUGACAGAAGAGCCUGUUGGAAGAGCUGUACAUGUAAUGCUUGCAUCUCCUUCAGGAGAUUAUGAGAAACUGGCCUACAAAUGCCUGAGCUCUGAUGAAAGCAUGAUAUAUACGAGAAGGUGUAGCCCCCAAGAAGACACUAUACUUUGUUCUGAUACAGCUCAGCUUGGCAAAAUUAGAAACAGUCAGUUGCAUGACAGGACAGAGUUGCCUGCUCGUAGUCAGUCAUCUGGGUCAAAUGAAGCAGGAGCUCACAUAUUGUAUCACGACAAUACGCAAAUAAGUGUGAAUCCGUAUACCCAUGAGCAGCUAUUUAUAGUUAAUACCACAGGGAAUCUACAGCUUCCACUUCCUGAUGUUAUGUGCAGUGGUGCUACCAAGAAAGAUAUCUCUUCUAUACCAAUUGUCUAUGACAGUGAAACAGUACAUUCCCCACGUCCCUUUACAUCUUCAGAUAGCAAGGCAGCUGAGCUGCAGAAAAAUAAUGCUGUGCAUGCUUCGAGGGACAAACAAGAAGCUUCUCCCAGUAGCGGACGACAGGACGUAGAACUAUCAACAAUUGUUUUGCCUCCUUCACCUGGAGGUGAUGGCAACCGUAUGCAGGCUGGAGCUCCAUCAGAAGAAGUUAUAGAAAAUGCUGCUGCACCAAUCUCAGAGUUUGAGGUACAUGGAACCAGGGACAAUGAACUGGCGCUUCCUUCAAAUGCAUCAUUGGGCAGAGACAUUAUAAGCAAUGUCCAGAUAAUAAGCAAUGAAGAUCUCGAAGAUCUGCAGGAGAUGGGUUCUGGUGCAUUUGGAACUGUCUUUCAUGGAAGAUGGAAAGGAACAGAUGUUGCCAUUAAAAGGAUAAAGAAUAGCUGCUUCAUGUAUCCAUCACCUGGGACAGAUAAGCUGAUUGCGGAGUUUUGGAGAGAAGCAGCCAUCCUCUCGAAACUUCACCACCCUAACGUGCUGGCAUUCUACGGGAUUGUGAAUAAUGGACCCGGGGGAACAUUAGCUACUGUGACAGAAUUCAUGGCCAGUGGAUCCCUCAAGAAAGUCCUUUUGCACAAAGAAAAAUUUCUUGAUCGGCGCAAGCGGAUAACUCUUGCUAUGGAUGCGGCUAUUGGAAUGGAAUACAUGCAUUCCAAGGAUAUAAUUCAUUUUGAUCUGAAGUCUGAUAACUUGCUGGUGAAUCUCAAUGAUCCAUCUCGUCCCAUAUGCAAGGUAGCUGAUUUUGGUUUGUCCAAGGUGAAACAGACAACAAUGGUCUCUGGUGAAAUGAGGGGAACUCUUCCAUGGAUGGCUCCUGAAAUGCUUGAAAUGAGCAGCAAUAGGGUAUCAGCCAAGGUUGAUGUGUAUUCUUUUGGAAUCAUAAUGUGGGAAAUACUCACGGGCCAGGAACCAUAUUGUGACAUGCACCAUGGAGGAAUUUUAGGAGGAAUUUUGAGCAACACACUGAGGCCACCAGUGCCGGCAUCAUGUGAUCCAGAAUGGAAGGAACUGAUGGAGCAGUGCUGGUCAAGUGAGCCUGAGAAAAGACCAUCCUUCACAGAAGUCGUGAGCCGCCUCCGUUCCAUGCUAGAAGCCAACCAGAGCAAGCCACUAAGCUAACUUGCAUGAGGACCACUAUCUAUCUAUGCUUUGAGUCCAUGGUGCAAACUUGCCUGCGUAUAUAUUCAUACUGUGUGGUUUCAGCAUAACUUUGCAUCCACAGCUCUUCAAUCUGUAUGUGUGUGAGUGUUGAUAUUUUUUCUGCCUGCUGGUGUGCUGUUGUGGAACCAGUUAAUAAGAUAUGAAUGCAAUUUUCACUUCCUUCUCA